AACUUUUCUGCGAGUAAAAGCCCAGACCAAAUGGCGCCUUCCAAUUGUCACCGGAAGUCAAGGCUGUGUGUUCUGUCUAGUAUAGCUCUGUCUUUGUGGUGGCGGGAGGGGCGUGAGCAAAUCAAGCAGCUCGGGCAAGUCGGUCAAAGUGUGUGUUCCUCAAGGGCCGCCAGGGGGUGCUGCGAGCUGUGAGGUGGAGCGGGUUUGAUUUUUUGCGCGGCAUUUUCUUCUCAAUCUCUCGCCUGGAGUCGGUUAGGGAGCGAGAUGUCAAAGAAAAGGGGACUGAGCAUUGAAGAGAAGAGAACUCGGAUGAUGGAAAUAUUUUUUGAAUCAAAAGAUGUGUUUCAGUUAAAGGAUAUUGAGAAAAUUGCUCCCAAAGAAAAAGGAAUAACUGCAAUGUCAGUGAAAGAGGUCUUACAGAGUUUAGUCGAUGAUGGUAUGGUGGACACUGAUAGAAUUGGGACUUCGAAUUACUUUUGGGCUUUUCCAAGCAAAGUUCUUCAUGGAAAAAAUUGUAAGCUGGAAGAACUGAAGAAACAGUUAUCAGAAUAUAGCCAGAAGAAAGAAAGUUUACAAGAAAACAUUGAGAAAUCAAAAAUUGGGCGCCAAGAUACUGCAGAACGUGCUGCACUAACAAAGGAACUUGCUGCACUUCGACAGAAGAAAGACCAACUGAAGUCAGAAAUAGAAAUAUACAAAGAAUGUGAUCCAGAUGUUGUUGAAGACAUCCGACAAGCAAAUAAAGUCGCUAAAGAGGCAGCCAACAGAUGGACUGAUAACAUCUUUUCAGUAAAAUCUUGGGCCAAAAGGAAGUUUGGAUUUGAAGAGAGCAAAAUUAACAAAACAUUUGGUAUUCCAGAAGACUUUGACUAUGUUGACUAAAAGUGGUUGGUAAAGAUGGUAAAUGAAUGCUGUUCUGUUCAAGUGGCUUUAUUUUUAUUGUGCAAUUUCUUUUCCUUUUUCUAAAAACUUGACUAUUGUUUGUAUUUUGGUAAAUAAAAUCUGGAAGUUGAUUUUCAA